CACUCAGUGAGUAAGGAUCAUUUCAUUGAACUAUACUCCACUAAAGGAUCUUUAUAAAUACAGGAGGAACAGCAUAAACCACUUACUUCUUGUGUGGAUUGCUGUUAGGAGAUUACAAGCACAGCAAAGUGGAACAGCAAAGAUGGGGAAAAAGAAGUUCUCUGGGUUAGAAAUAACCCUGAUGGUGAUGUUUGUUAUGAUCGGGAUUGUUGCCAUAGGACUAAUUGCCGUGCUUGCCACAGGACAAAACGAGACAACGGAAACAACAUUUGUAGCACAAUGUCCAAUUAUUUCCCUGUCUGAAAGAGUGGACUGCUUUCCAGAUGCAGGUGCAUCCCAGCAACGAUGUCAAGAGCGUGGCUGCUGCUGGAGUCCUAAUGACCAAACGAAUGUGCCUUGGUGCUUCUUUUCUAGUAAUCAUGGCUACACUGUGGUCAGUCAAAGCCAGCCAAAUAGCGGAAAAAUCGAGGCCAGGCUGGAAAGACAGAAUGCACCCUCGCUGUUUGGCUCCGACAUUCUUCAGCUAUCCUUUGUGGCAGAAAUGCAGACAGAAAAUCGCCUUCGAUUUAAGAUCACCGAUGCAAAUAAACCACGGUUUGAAGUUCCACAUGAACACAUCCAGUCUCUGACCAGCUCUGUGAACGGACCUUUGAAGUAUGAGUUUGAGCUUCUCAAGAAUCCUUUUGGUGUGAGAGUCCGCAGAGCAUCCAACAAAAAUGUCCUCUUUGAUACCAGUAUUGGACCACUGGUUUUUGCUGACCAGUACCUGCAACUCUCUGCCAAACUCUCUUCAAAUAAUAUCUAUGGACUCGGCGAGCACGUUCACAAGACAUAUCGCCAUGAUAUUGAAUGGAAGACGUGGCCUAUAUUUACAAGAGAUGCUUUUCCCAAUGGUGGUACUCACAACCUGUAUGGUCACUACCCCUUCUUCAUGUGUCUGGAGGAUGAAAGUGGCAAAUCCUUCGGUGUUUUCCUAAUGAACAGCAAUGCAAUGGACGUGACUCUUCAGCCAGCACCUGCUGUGACCUAUAGAACGAUCGGAGGAGUUCUGGACUUUUAUAUCUUCCUCGGAGACACACCAGAGGCUAUUGUACAGGAGUUCACACAGCUGGUUGGCAGGCCAACUAUUCCUCCAUAUUGGGCUUUUGGUUUCCAACUCUCUCGCUGGGACUAUGGCAGCCUGGAAGAGCUCAAGAAAACAGUGGAUAGAAAUCGAGCAAUUGGCCUUCCUUAUGAUGUGCAGUACACAGAUAUAGACUACAUGGAGAACAAAAAGGACUUCACAUACGACCUGGUGAAGUUUAAAGACCUGCCGCAGUUUGCUGACUACAUGCAUGCAGAAGGGCAAAAAUAUAUUCUUAUAUUGGAUCCCGCCAUAUCUAUAAACAAGACAAUCAACGGAUCAUACGAAUCAUAUGACAGAGGAACAAAAGCUGAGGCAUGGGUCACUGAGUCAGAUGGAAAGACUCCACUACAGGGAGAGGUUUGGCCUGGAGAUACCGUGUUUCCAGAUUACACCAAGCAAUCCUGCAUCAAUUGGUGGGUGGAUGAAAUCGAGCGCUUCCAUAAGCAAGUGAAUCAUGAUGCAAUCUGGAUUGACAUGAACGAGGUGUCCAGCUUUGUGCAAGGCUCCAGUAAAGGAUGUGCUGAUAAUACGCUGAAUUAUCCACCAUUCACUCCAAACAUCCUUGAUAAUUUGAUGUACAGUAAGACUUUGUGUAUGGAUGCAAAGCUGGCCUGGGGGAAUCAUUAUGAUGUUCACAGUCUUUAUGGAUAUUCCAUGGUGCUGGCGACAGAAAAGGCCGUGAGGCAAGUCUUUGGCAGCAAUCGCUCAUUCAUUCUCACUCGCUCCUCUUUCCCUGGAGUUGGAAAGUAUUCAGGCCACUGGCUGGGUGAUAACGCUGCCAACUGGAAUGAUAUUAAAUGGGCAAUACCCGGAAUGCUGGAGUUUAACCUAUUCGGUGUGCCUUAUAUCGGUGCAGAUAUCUGUGGCUUCUUUGAUGACACAACUGAGGAGCUGUGCACACGCUGGAUGCAAGUUGGAGCUUUUUAUCCUUUUAGUCGUAAUCACAAUGCUCAGCACUACAAACCUCAAGAUCCUGCCGCAUUUGGUGCCGAGUCAGUGCUGGUGAAAAGUUCCAAACACUAUCUGAACAUCCGCUAUACACUCCUGCCGUACCUUUACACACUCUUCUAUAGAUCUUUCGCCAAUGGAGACACGGUGGUGAGACCCGUCAUGCAUGAAUUCUACUCAGACCCUGCAACAUGGACAGUGGAUCUUCAGUUCCUAUGGGGAGCACAUUUGCUUAUCACACCAGUACUAAAUGCUGGUGCUGAUACAGUUGAAGCAUACAUUCCUGAUGCUGUGUGGUACAACUAUGAGACCGAAGAGAAAAUCAAGGAGCGUAAACAGCAUGUUAAAUUGUCCAUGCCUUUAGACAAAAUGGGUCUCCACAUCAGGGGCGGAGCCAUUCUGCCGAUCCAAAGACCUGCAGUCACUACUGUGUAUAGUCGGCGUUCUCCUAUGGGCCUGAUCAUUGCACUCGAUGACAACAACCAGGCAUCAGGCGAGCUGUUCUGGGACGAUGGAAAUUCUCGAGAUACUGUUUCAUCUGGGUCCUACAUCCAUUACCAGUUCUCUGUUGUUCAAGGAGUGCUGAACAUGCAAGUUCUUCACAAUGGCUAUGCUGAUCCAAACAAUCUGGUGUUUGAGAAUAUCACUGUUUUAGGACAGAGCACACCUCCCAUGACCGUGACUGUCACUGAUGACAAUAUGGUCACUACCUUGCCGGAGGCUAACAUUAAGUAUCAAACAGUGAAGAAGGUGCUAUAUCUGAAAAACCUUAAACUACAGCUGGGGAAAAAUUACCAAAUCAACUGGAAUUCCAUCGCUGACAAUUUACAACGCUUUGACUGCUAUCCUGGGGAAACGUCAAAUGAACAGUCCUGCAAUGAAAGAGGCUGCAUCUGGGUGCCAUCAAAUCUGAACAGAGUGCCAUGGUGUUAUUUCCCCACGGAUUAUGGCUACAUAUCAGAGUCUGCACAGGAAAUGUCAAAUGGAUGGAGCUUUAAUAUCAGAUGGAAUGAUAAAUACCCGGCUCCACGAAAUUUAUCCAAAAACAUUGACGCACUACGAGUGGAAAUCACAUAUCUGAGUGGACACUCUCUCCGGUUUAAGAUCUUUGAUCCAGCUAAUAAGCGCUAUGAAGUUCCUGUUCCUCUUGAUUUACCAUCCACUCCAGAGACAGAUGAGGCGAAGAGGAUGUACACAGUAAACGUCACAGUGCAGCCGUUUGGUAUUCAGGUGAUCAGGAAAAGCACAGGAGCUGUCAUAUGGAACUCGUCUCUUCCUGGCUUUAUUUUCUCUGACAUGUUUAUACAAAUUUCAACUCUACUUCCAUCACAAUACAUCUACGGCUUUGGUGAGACAGAACAUACAAGCUUUAGACAAGACAUGCACUGGCACACAUGGGGCAUGUUCAGUAAAGACCAGCCUCCAGGGUAUAAGUUGAACAGUUACGGUGUGCAACCCUUCUAUAUGGGCUUGGAGCCAAAUGCUGAUGCUCAUGGAGUCCUGCUGCUCAACAGCAAUGCAAUGGAUGUGACGGUUCAGCCGACGCCCGCUCUCACUUACCGUACUAUCGGCGGGAUCCUCGACUUCUACAUAGUGAUGGGACCCACUCCAGAACUGGUCGUACAAGAAUACACUGCGAUAAUUGGCCGUCCAGUUCUCCCAGCAUAUUGGUCACUUGGAUUUCAGCUUUGUCGCUAUGGCUAUGUCAACGAUUCAGAAAUUGCAGAUCUUUAUGCUGACAUGAUGAGUGCUGGUAUUCCUUAUGAUGUGCAGUAUGCAGAUAUCGACUACAUGGAGAGGCAGCUGGACUUUGUGCUUGAUAAGGACUUCGCUAACCUUCCUCAGCUGGUUGAAAAAAUGAGGGGGGAGGGCAUGCGCUUCAUCUUCAUCCUGGAUCCUGCAAUUUCGGGCAAUGAGACCUCAUAUCCUGCUUUCGAGAACGGUCUUGUAAGUGACGUGUUUAUCAAAUGGCCAGCUGAGUUGGGUGAUGACAUCGUUUGGGGAAAAGUGUGGCCUGACUUACCAAAUGUCACUGUUGAUGAAUCUCUAGAUUGGGACACACAAAUAGAGAAAUACAGGUCCUAUGCAGCCUUCCCAGACUUUUUCCGGAACCGUACCGCAGAGUGGUGGCUGAAAGAAAUCACUGACUUCUAUGCAAAGAUAAGGUUUGACGGCCUGUGGAUCGACAUGAACGAACCAGUGAGUUUUGUUGAUGGCACUGUUGGAGGAAAGUGUAAAGGUCUAGCAAUCUUCGAUUAUCCACCGUACAUGCCAGCCCUAGAGUCUAAAGAACGAGGUUUGAUCCACAAAACCCUCUGCAUGAACAGCCAGCAGUUUCUUUCUGAUGGCACUCCGGUUAAACACUACGAUGUGCACAGUCUGUAUGGCUGGUCUCACGCCAAACCCACUUAUGAUGCCUUGCUUAAAGUAACUGGGAAGAGAGGAAUUGUGGUGACUCGCUCAACCUACCCAAGCAGCGGAAAAUGGGCAGGACACUGGCUGGGUGAUAACACAGCUGCCUGGGAUCAACUCUACAAGUCUGUAAUAGGAAUGAUGGAGUUCAGUUUGUUCGGAAUUCCUUAUACCGGAGCUGAUAUUUGUGGGUUCUUUAACCCAGCCGAGUACGAGAUGUGCCUUCGCUGGAUGCAGCUGGGAGCAUUUUACCCAUAUUCCAGAAAUCAUAAUGGCAAAGGGAACCCGAGACAAGAUCCAGUGGCGUGGAAUGAUACUUUUACUACCGUAUCUCGUGACGUGUUGAACAUCCGCUAUUCACUCCUUCCCUAUUUGUACACACUCAUGUUUGAGGCUCAUACUGCAGGAAGCACUGUGGUCCGGCCUAUGCUUCACGAGUUUGUGAAUGAUAAAUCGACAUGGGACAUUUAUAAACAGUUCCUUUGGGGUCCAGCACUGCUCAUCAGUCCUGCUCUGGAUCAGGGAGUAACUGAGGUUAAUGGCUACAUCCCUAAUGCUCGCUGGUACGAUUACCACACGGCAAAGUUGCUAAAUGCGAGAGGCAUGUUUCUUACCAUGCCCACUCCACUCGAUCAUAUCAACCUACAUGUGAGAGGAGGAUUCAUCCUACCUUGGCAGAAACCUGAGAACAACACAAAUUACAGUCGCAAGAAUCCUCUCGGUCUGAUAGCUGCUCUUGAUGAUCAAGGAUCAGCAAAAGGUUCUCUGUUUUGGGAUGAUGGAGAAGGAAUUGGCACAUAUGAGAAGAAAGAAUAUCUCUUGACAUACUUCACCGUGUUUAAGAACACUCUCUCGAACACAGUUGUGCAUUAUGGUCUUGCUUCAGCUGAUGAGCUCAAACUUGGACAAGUAAAAGUUUGGGGUGCAGGAAGCCUCCUUAUUGUUAAGGUGACCAUGAAUGCAGGUGGAGUUGAAACACCGCUGAAUUUUACUCAUAACCCACUCACAGAGGAGCUGGUCAUAGAUGCAACGAGUAAAUCACACACAUUAAAAGAACUAUUCUCUAUAACUUGGAGCACAGGAAUAUAAAAACAAGGAAACCACAAAUCAAGACCAUCGUUUUACUUCACAUUAUGCGAAUAGUAUUUAUAGAUUCAUGCAUCAUUAAUGAAAAGAAAUUUGAGAGAAAUGUUGCCAUAUGUAACUUAUGUACAUGUUGAGCUUGUUUUCCAGAAAACAUUCAAACUGUAAGAAACUAAUUGUAAUAAAAUAAAGCAAAGAAAAAAA